AUGGCUGCCAACGGUGCGCAGGACAGCUUCUCGCCGUCCGACGUCCUGGCUGCUGUCCUGACGAUGCGGGGUGGGGAGCAAGACGCAAAGAAGAAGGCACAUGCCUACCUGGAGAGUCAGAAAACAUCCUGGGGCACCAUUAUUGGUAUUCUGCAAUCCAAGGCCGAACCAGAAGCAACUCUGUUUGCCGCCAUCACGCUUCGUGGAAAGAUAACCUAUGACCUCUCCACCCAAGUUCCCGCGACCGAGCUCCCAGCUCUGCGAAACCAGAUUCUUUUGCUCCUCAAGGAGUUUGCUGUGGGACCCAAACCCAUUCGUGUGCAGCUGUGCGUUUGCCUCGCUAUCCUGGCUAUUCAGAUGAAGGAUUGGAACGAUGUCUUGCCAUCUGUGGUUCAGUCUCUUAGCGACAGCCCCGAGAGCCACGCAUGUAUCCUCGACUUUUUGCGUGUGCUCCCCGAAGAAGUCACCGAGGGCCGAAAGAUUACCCUGUCUGAAGACGAUCUUGCGGACCGUUCAAAGGUGUUGCUGGCGGACAAUACAGACAGAGUUGUGCAACUGCUGAUCAAUUACUCGCAAUCUUCACCGGCCGCUGCUCGUAAUCCGCAGCUAAUGGAGUGCAUCACAUCCUGGCUAAGAGAAGUUCCUGUUAGCAGCAUCGUCCACUCUCCACUGCUGGAUGUUGUGUUCCAGGGUGUCACUGCCGACGAUUGCAGCCAAGAGGCAUCUGAGUGUCUAUGUGUCAUGAUACGAGAAACGCGUGAUGUCGACGAAAGCCAAGAAAGCAUUCGGGUACUUUUCCCUCGCAUCGUCGGCCUGCAGCCUCGCAUCGCGAUAGCUGCGAGCGAAGAGGAUACCGAGGCAUUGAAGGCAUUGACAAAAGUUCUUGCCAUCGCUGCAGAGAGCUGGUCCGUUGCUAUUGCCCGCCAGCCAUCUCAUUUUAGACCAUUGGUUGAGGCUGUCCUUGAGUGUGCUGCGCGCGAUAAGGACCAAGACGUUAUCGAACACACAUUCCUCUUUUGGUACGAGCUUAAGCAAUAUCUCGUGCUCGAGCGCUACAUUCAGAGCAGAGUGGAGAUGGUUGAUAUUUACUCUAAGCUCGUCGACAUUCUCUUGAAGCAUCUUCAAUACCCUCGGCCUGAGUCUGGAAACGAAACCGAUCUCUUCGACGGUGACCGCGAACAGGAAGAAAAGUUCAGAGAAUUUCGCCAUCAAAUGGGAGACACCCUUAAGGACUCAUGUGAAGUCAUGGGUGUCACAGAAUGCUUGACCAAGGUUUUGAAUGCUAUCCAAGUCUGGAUGCAAAAACACGCAAGCGAAGUUAGUGACACCAACGUGCCAAACUGGCAGGAACUAGAGGCUCCUUUGUUUGCAAUGCGAGCACUAGGGCGCAUAGUGGAUCGGGAGGAGGAUAUUGUUCUUCCGCAGCUUAUGCCGCUGCUGGUUCAAAUCCCAAACCAUGAGAAACUCAAGUUUGCUACAAUCAUGGUCCUUGGCCGUUACACCGAGUGGACAGCUGUGCACCCUGAAUACCUGGAACCUCAGUUCAACUAUAUUGUCAACUCUUUCCAGGCCGACUCUAAGGAGAUUAUCCGAGCCGCUGCGUUGGCAAUCAAGUUCUUUUGCACAGACUGCAAAAACCUGCUCAGUGGGCAGGUUCUGCAGCUCCAGACCUUCUAUGACCAAGUCCUUGACAAACUACCGAAUCAAAGCAAAGAGGAGGUGACGGAUGGUGUCUCCAACGUUGUCGCUGUGCAGCCUGCUGAUCAGACAUACACGCUACUGAAGACGUACUGCGAUCCUCUGAUCCAGCGCCUGAUGACUAUGGCGAAUCAGGCAACUGAUAAAGAGAGCAAGAUUGCCUUGGCUGUUUUUGUUCAAAAUGUCACGCCUGCAAUCAACCGCGGCGAUGCCAAUCCGGCUGUUAAGUACUGGCAAGAAGUCUUUCCUAUCCUGUCGACGGUCCUUGAAAACUUCUUGGACUUUAGCCCCAUUUGUGAGAGAAUCUGCCGUUGCUGGAGAAACAUGAUUGUGUCGUACCGCACUGCAAUGUCGCCUUUGCUACCCGAGAUGGCCAACAAACUGGCGAAUGGCUUCACGAGAUCUCACGAGGGAUGCUUUCUAUGGGUGACUGGUACCAUCCUUCGGGAAUUCUCCGAGGACCGCGACAGCGUGGAUCAGGCGACGACCGAGAAUAUUUACAGCUUUUUCGAGGUACAAGCCACUGCGUUCCUGCGUGUCAUGACGGAACUCCAACCGACAGACUUACCAGACGCGAUUGACGACUUUUUCCGACUCAUGAUCGAUGCUCUGCUUUAUUACCCCCAAAAGCUCAUCCCUUCUACAUUAUUGGUCCCGAUCUUCGAAGCAGCUAUCUAUGCGCUUACGCUCGAGCAGCGAGACCCGCUUGUUUCAACGCUGCACUAUGUUCGUGAUUUGUUGUCGUACGGCAGCAACAACCCGGCUAGCAGCGAGGGACUUCCGGAGGUUGCGGCCCAGCAGAUCAAGGUCAUUAUUCUCAGCAUGCUGCAAAGCCAUGGAUUGGGUCUUGUAAAGCAGGUAAUGGCCGGCAUGAUGCUGACUUUCCCACGGGACUGCUUUGCUGAUGGAAGCGGCGUUCUCCUGGCCCUUUUCGAGAUGAUUCCCGGGCAAACUGCUGCGUGGGUUGCACAGACAAUUCAGCUGCUGCCAGAGGGUACUGUGAGCCCGGCUGACGCCAACAAUCUCAUGGUCAAGAUUAAGGACAAGCUUUCGACCGAUGAUGCUAGCAACAUCCGACAUGUGCGUGUCUUGCUACAGGACUUUACGAACUCGUACCGACGACGAAAUGUGGCGCCUAGGGAUGGGCUAGGCCAACUGGAGGCUAGAAGGUUCCAGUUCUCAGGCUGA